UCCGUGAACCCACAUGGCUUAUGGAUACCGGUGCCACACACCACAUUGCCUCCAACCCAGGAUCGUCAGACGGGGACCGUGAUGCAUCGGUCCAAUAAUGCAG